CACUGUCAAAUGGUUGUAAUCAGCGGUUGAGCACGGGUUUAUAGUUUGUAAAUUCAGUCUACUUCCUUGAGUUGUAUGAUCAUUCAUCAUCAAAGGAUCUGCAGCGAUGGAAACCAAAUGUUUCUCAGAUAGCAACGCAGAUACCUCCUUUCCUCUCUCCUCCCUGCGCCUCCUGGUUUCUCCGCUGCAUUUGGCCUCUGCGGCCAUGUGGCAAAUGACUCAGCGGGGAGAAACGAUGCAUUAUGGGAAGCUGGAGGAGUUUGUGACGCUGGUGACGGAAACAGUUCCGGAGCUUUUGACGUGCAGACAAAGGGCCCAGCUCAUCCAAGGCCUGCGAAUGAGGUUUAUUCUGGAGUUGUGCCGCAGUGAGCCCCUGGCAGACCCACAGAUCAUACAGGCCCAUGUAAACAGGCUGCAGUCCUACAGCGCCCCCUGCAGUCCAGCAGGAGUGAAUGAUGCAGAAGCUGAAGUGUCGGAAGCAAAUUUUCUGGAGCUGGUGCAAACCUUGCUGAAGGACCCAGCGCAGAGAGAGCACUUUUUCCAGGACGUGUUCCCGGUACAGUUUGGACUGAAGUAUGAUGCCACUCUCCAGGCACUGGUGUGGGAGUUCCUCUCCAGGCUGGAGCUCCUGCUGCCCGUCCCAGAUCUUACACAGACGGCAUCCUUGCUCAGUGCUGCCCCCGCUGGUCUGGAGGAGUGUAUGCAGUGUGCUUCUCAUCAACAGCAGCUGAAGACUCUGCUUCAGCACCAUAAAUGCUUUGGACAGCUCACCACGAACACUCUCCCUUCCAUGGAUGACAGCAUGGUCUCCUCCCUGUCCCUCCCUCCAUUGGCCGAAGUCGCGUUCGCCUCUGAGCAGCCAGACUCUGGUGGCCAAUCGGAAUCCACGCACAACCCCAUCGGCGCUCUAAGCCCCUCCUCUUUUGGCAAGGAGGCGGUGCCGGAGUGUUUGAUGGACAGCACGGAUUACGCCGGGGUGGAGGUGGAGCUUCGGACUAGUGUGGGCUUCAGCGAGGGAGGGGAGGAGGAGAACGGAGGGAUAGACGGAAGAACAGAGCCCAACUGUUCGGAGAUGGAGAAGGAUGGGCAGGGUGAGGGGAAAGAUGAGCAUACCCCCAAGGGGGACCUGGGACUCAGCAGAGAGAGGGAGAAGGAGAGUGGGGGAAACAAACUCAUCCACGCGCCCAAAACUGGAACGACUCACCCUGAGGCCAGGCUGCGGACCUGGAAGGAGGCGGUUGUCACGGGGAACAAGAAGACUGGGAACAACCUGGUGAUCGCUCUGAAAUGGCUCCCUGAGUCCCAGGGGAAAGUGAAUGUGAACAGACCCCGGAAUUUCUCCACCAGGAAUGGGAACACAGGCUGGACCGUGGAGGCCAACGCCCGUGUCUUCGCCUGCUCUAAGUGCCUUGUGUUUCACUCAGACGAAGGGUACCUCCACCAGCACAUCAAAACCGUUCACCCGGAGGAGUGCAAGGAGUUUCUGUGGGCCGGAGAACGGAAAGCGGGGAACCCAGUGACCCUGACCGUCGCCCGCCCGGCCCCUGCCCCUGCCCCUGCCCCUGCCCCUACCCCUACCCCUACCCCCACCCCCGAACCCCCGCUCCUCGCCCCAGCCCGGCCUGACCCUGGCGUCCCCCGCACCCACUCCUGCUCGCUGUGCGGCAAGAGCUUCAAGUCCCCGUCGGACCGCACGCGGCACGAGCGCACGCACACCGGGGAGCGGCCCUUCCACUGCGCCCAGUGCGGCAAGCGCUUCAUCACGGCCUGGGACCUGACGCGGCACCGGCGCACGCACGCGGGCAAGCUGCCCUUCUACUGCGCGCAGUGCGGCGACAGCUUCCGGAGCUCUGCCGAGCUCGCCCAGCACCGGCUGACCCACCCCAGCCAGCGGCGCUACGGCUGCCGCCAGUGCGGCGGGAGCUUCGACUCCCUGCUGGAGCGCGCCCGGCACCGCCAGACGCACGCCGUGAGGCGGCAGCACAAGUGCCCGCAGUGCGAGAAGAGCUACACGCGGCCCUCCGACAUGCGCCGCCACCAGCGCAGCCACACCGGCGAGCGGCCCUACCACUGCUCGCUCUGCGGCAAGACCUUCCGCUCCUCCACGGGCGAGAAGAAGCACCAGCAGACCCACACGGGGGAGCGGCCCUUCCCCUGCUCGCACUGCGGGAAGAGGUUCACCCGGCUGCCCAUCCUGACCCGGCACGAACGCAUACACACCGGCGAGCGGCCCUACCUCUGCUCCAAGUGCGGCAAGAGCUUCCUCUCGCUGGGCGAGCUGUCCAAGCACCAGCGGUGCCACACGGAGGAGAGGCCCUACCUCUGCGCCCACUGCGGGAAGGGCUUCAAGCGGGAGGGCACGCUGAUGAAGCACCGCAGGACCCACACGGGCGAGAGGCCGUACAGCUGCUCCCACUGCGAGAAGACCUUCACCGACCGCUCCGGCCUGAACCGGCACGAGCUCAUCCACACCGGGGAGAGACCGUACAGCUGCUCCCAGUGCGGGAAGACCUUCCUGUCGUCCGGGGAGCUCCUGAAGCACCAGAGGUUUCACACGGGCGAGCGGCCCUUCAGCUGCUCGCUGUGCGGGAAGACCUUCACGCAGUCCUGCUACCUGAAGCGGCACGAGAGGAGCCACACGGGGGAGAGGCCGUACAGCUGCCCCCAGUGCCGGAAGACUUUCUCCUGCUCCACGCAGCUGAAGAGACACGCCCGGGUCCACGCCGAGGAGAAACCCUUCCAGUGCUCCGAGUGCGGGAAGGGCUUCAGCCAUUCGUACCUCAUGAAGACGCACCAGCAGACGCACGCGGUCAAAGAGUGCUGAGGCGAGCCGUUCGUCGGGUUGUCAUGGGGACAGCGAGGGCAUUGGUUUGUGUGUCGAUGUUUUGACAACGUCUUUGUUCGAUGCGAGUUCACGACAGAUCAAAAUUGCUGCGUCACAGGUUCGGUUGAAAUGUAAGUUAUGUUAACUCAUGCAGUGAUUAUGUUCACCCGUACAGUAAAAUCUGAAUGUAUAUUAGGGUCUGAUUCAGCUUCUUUCAAAAAGGGAAUUUUUUUCAAAAAAAAGUAAGCUCUGUUGGGUUAAAGACAGCUGCUUAAAGUGUACUGGAACUAAUUGCACUAUUUUUGCAUUGUUUGU